AUGACAAAGAAAAGAAGGAACAACGGUCGUGCCAAAAAGGGCCAUGGCCACCUGCAGCCUAUUCGCUGUACUAACUGUGCCCGAUGCGUGCCCAAGGACAAGGCCAUUAAGAAAUUCGUCAUUCGAAACAUAGUGGAGGCCGCAGCAGUCAGGGACAUUUCUGAAGCGAGCGUCUUCAAUGCCUAUGUGCUUCCCAAGCUGUAUGUGAAGCUACAUUACUGUGUGAGUUGUGCAAUUCCCAGCAAAGUAGUCAGGAAUCGAUCUCGUGAAGCCCGUAAAGACCGAACACCCCCACCCCAAUUUAGACCUGCGGGUGCUGCCCCACGUCCCCCACCAAAGCCCAUGUAA